UUGCCAUGGAAACGGGUGCCCCUUUGACUCAGAGUAUAUGUUUAUAGAAAGAAAAACUGCAUGUGGAAGAAUUGUGUUGAUUGUGUCACGAUUCGUCCUGAAAAACAGUUCAAGAAAUGGAUCCGGACAACGAUGUAAAGUGACCUAGACCUUCUCGAGCAUCAUUCGUCAAAAUGUUUCAAGUGAUACCUUUCUCAAGGUCACCCCCGUGUUCAUGGCUCCCACUCCAUACUUUUUGUGCCUGAGGACUGAAAUAUUUAUCGAUUUCAUCGAGACACGGCCUUUCUCCUCAUGAAGGGAAAAUCAUAUCCUUUAUUCCCAUCCUUGGCGGGCUUCGGCUCUUCUUCCUAUUGAAAGCAACUCCUCCGAACUCAGGGAAAUGGGCUUGAACGCCUCAAAGACGCGGAGGAAUGUGACCAAAGUCGCCCCGAUGCCAAACAGAGAAGAGGGACCUCCGGGCUGUGUGGCGGUGUAUACUUUCCACAGUCCGCUCCGAGAGACGGGUCCGAACUCAUUUGCCUCCCAAAUGGGAAGAAAGCCAGUCCUGGAAAGGCACCUUCCACCUCUGAGAGAAACGCAACAUGGGAGAUACCCCACAGAGCCCAGGACUGUUCCCCCAGAUCUCACAACACCGGGGGGAGAAACCAGCAUCAUCAAGCAACAUCCUCCACGCAGGUUGCAGAAGCUGGAGCCCUUCAUUUUGGCAAAAGACGUUCUUCCUGAUAAAUACUGGAGCCUGCAAGGUGGGGUAACAGGACACAAAGCAAAAGAACUAGAGAAGGGAGGACCGGCUGUAACACACCCCAGAGCAAGGCGGCAGUAUUUGCUUCAGAUGAAGAUGCUGGAAAUACGAAAAGAGGCAGAACUCAAGAGACGUCUGCAGGAGGAGGCAAGGUUUAAUCAGCCCCAAACACGGGAUCUCAACAUACCGAGAACCCUGGGAUGUUUGCAGGGUGAUCAUGGCUCUGAUGAUGAAGAUCUGCUUGGCGUAGUAGAGGACCACCAGGCAUUGAACAGAAACCAUGAACUGUGGAGGACGCCUAUGUAUGUCAGAUGCAGAAGGAUGCGAGACCGUGGGCACAGUGGUCCCGGUUAGCCACUGUGGGAACCAGUCUAGCUUUGAUUCCAUAUUCUCCUUGCUUUUUCUCUUCCAUCCAUUCUCUUUCUCAUUUUCUCUUGGUCACCCUUGUGCUUGCAUGCACGCACGCAAUGAAGGCAGAAGCAUAUUUUGGUACUUGAGGCAAUUGGCAGCAUCUCUCACCCACCCCACUCUGAGGCACAGACACAACGCCCUCUGCCCCCAUGAAAAAGCAAGAGGAGAAUGUGGGGCGAAGGUUUAGUCUUUCAAGAACAGUCAUUGGGCCUGGAGGUGCUGCCAUUUAUUUUCCUAUUUCCCAGUAGGUUCAUCCACAGAUUUUGGACCCUCUAAAUUCUAGUUCCCUGGGGGGCAAAAGCUCCUUAUGAUUCUCCCGUGCUCAAGUCCUACUUGAAGAGUACAAGUCCCAGAACCUCUCCCCCCCAAAAAGAUUCAAAAAGAAAGUCCCCAGACAUUGAGUACAGUAGGGGGGCCUGGUAGAUGCUGAAAAACACGAGUUAUAGACAACGCUAUUUUAAUAACAAACACGAUACAUAGCAUGGUCUCUGUCUCCAUCUAGUG